CCCAGACAUAGGAGAGAGGUAUUCAGAGGUGCACAGAAACACAAGCUGACAGACCUGAAGAGAAACAAUAGGUAAUAAACAAAAGUUUGUUGAGUUUGAUAUUAUUCUUGAUGGUUCAAAAAUCGGAGUACAUCUGUUGGUGACAUGGUGAAAAACAGAAAGACACCCGCAGGACAGCACAGGCACUGUGACAAGUGCUACAGCAUUCACUGUCAAGUCCCAGUGGAGAUAUCUGUCUCAUGUGUGGUCAUCAAGUGCCACCUUCAGUGUGGGGCAGUCUUUCACUUGUGCAAGGAGGAAGAGCACCAGUUACUUUGCCCCAAUAAGAAUGUACCCUGCCUCAAUGCAGAAAAUGGCUGCCCCUCUUCUAUGCAACGCCACAAGCUGGCUAAACACCUGGAGGUCUGUCCAGCCAGUGUUGUAAGCUGCUCUCAGCAAUGGAACCGCUGGCCAGUGUCAGAAACAGACACUACCUUCUACAGAAAUGUCCUGACUGACCCAAAGUCUGAUGGAAAACUGAGUCUGGAUGUGGCUAUUGCACUCAGGGACCAGGAACAGCUCUUUAAAUCCAUGAAAAUGAAGAACAUAUUCCCUGAAUUCACCAAUAAAGUUGAAGAGCCUGCCCUCCUAGAUAUGGCCACUGGGGGUGUGAGCUCUGAAAAUGGAGAUGGAAAUUAUUUUAAUAUAGAUCAACUGACCGAGACUGGCAGCAAUGGAGAGGUGAACGGAUUUAGCCAAGAGGAAAGGUAUGCCCUGGCCAAGAAGAAGGAUGUGGAAGGUAUUGAAAACUACAGUUCCUGGGAAGGAAUAUUUAAAAAGGAAAUGCAGGGGUGUAACCAAACUGUUAAAAACCUGGAGAAGAAGCCAAAAUCUCGGAAAAGGGAUGAGAAAAAAGAAGACUGUGAUGCAACCAACUGUCGGGAAGAACCUGGAGAGUCACCUGUCAGCCAAGAGAAUGGUGCCACGGGUGUCGAUCUAUCGAGAACUGGCCUGGCUCCAUGGGAAGAUGGUGUCUUAGAGAGGUUAGGCAAAGAGGUUAACAUCGCUGAAUACAACAUGUAUCUGGCACACAACGGAAGCAUGCUCAUUAAUUUUGGUCAGCUUGCUGCUUGUACCCCCAGAGAGAGGGACUUUGUUUAUGGAAAUCUGGAGCCCAUUGAGGUACAAACUCUUCACUCAUUCACUGUUCCAACAAGCUACAAACCUAAGCGCAGCCAUUUAAUAAAAAAUCCUUCUCGUAAACCUAAAAGAGCACACCAAAGUGUGGACACAUCAGAUUUAGGAUUGUCCAUGGAAGACCUUCCAAAAAACGAUGAGGUUACCGCCACUUUAUUGUGCUCCUUGGAGAAAGAGUUUAGGGGGCACGUCAUCUCAGAGAGUGUUGGGACUGAAGGUCUAUAUGUAGAUCUAGGCACACAGACCUACAACUUCUCCUCUGCUCCAUUCAAAGAGGAUGAUUCUCUGGCUGACCUCGUGGCAGACAGACCCCAGGGCCUGCAUGUGCAGAUUCAGAGUGAAUGUGUGACCCGAAGACACAACAGAAACAGCUCGGCUUUUAACUACAUGUGCGGUCACACCUUUCGCCGUGAUGAGUACACAUCUCAUUUCAGAAAUGUGCACUUAGACAUCCAGUCUUGUCUGAAUGGCUGGUUUGAACAACACUGCCCCCUAGCGUACCUGGGCUGCACCUUCAGUCAGAGGAGAUUCCAUCCUGUUGGGCAUCAAGCCACUAUCACCUAUUGCCCAAACCUUCGAACCUUCGCACUUCAAGCGGUCUUCCCUUCCUCACUCUGUGAGGGUGGGAAAACCAUCCGUAGUGAACGAAAACAUGCUCGCAACUUGGACCCCCUGAGCAGUCUGCCUUUUGAGAUCCUCCGGCACAUUGCCGGCUUCCUGGACAGUCUCACUCUGUCCCAGCUCUCCCAGGUCUCCCAAAGGCUGAGGGAAGUGUGUGCCACCCUGUUGGUGGGGAGAGGAAUGGUCUCUUUGAAAUGGGAGAAAAAAAACUAUUCCCAUGGGGGGUCCUACUGGAAAUGUAAAAAUAAGGUGUGGGAGUUUAGUUGUCUGUUUUCCAGAGUGGACGGAUGGUGCUUGGACAGCGUUCCCUCCAUGUCUGAACACCUCAGAGUGUGCACAUACUAUGAGAAAGAGGAAAAGAGAGAGCCUGUGGCUUUAUCCGGCAUGGGGGAGGUCAAAAAGAGAGGCGAGGGUCUGAGUCUUGUCAACAUGUUCCAGGAAAAAUAAAACCUGUGGAAGAGGAUGAACUUAUUGUAUGUUUAUGUAGUAAUGUAACACUUCAUAAUGGCACAUCGACUUGAAGGUAGUUGUAAUUUAUUACUAUGCCUCCUUUGCCUUGUAUUUCAAGGGUUUUCAUUAAAUAAUACUGACAGGAUAUGUGCCAAAAUAAUUAAAACAUUUUAAUUUAA